AUGCUACGUUUCAUUAUCAUCCUUCUUGUUGCCAUUGUCGCCAUUUCCUCUGCGCAAUGGGGAUAUAACUCAUAUGGAUAUGGUAAUUACGGUGGUUAUGGAGGAUAUCCAAUGUAUGGAGGAUACGGUAUGAAUGGUGGAUAUGGUGGAGGUGGUCUUCUCGGGAUGUUCCUUGGAAAGAAGAAGUAA